UGCCAAAUUUUUAUUACCCCCAACCUCUAAACAACCAACCACUUUAGGACUCCGUACAGUUUAUUUAUUUUAAUUAUUCAGGUUAGCAGCUUGAUAUUGGUGACAAAAUUUAUCAUUACACAUGUCGAUAAAAAAAAUAUCCACCUGUUAGGUCGGUUGUAUGGACCCACCAGCCAUCAUUUCAAAAAAACUCUAUCCCUUUACCUUCUUCCCCCGAUUAACAAUCCACAAAGUCAUAAAAAUAUAAUUACAGCAUCCUUAGAGUUCCACGUGUUCCAUAACGAAUCUUCCUCACUCCUACUCCUUUCCCCCUAAUCCUAGUCGACAGAUACCAAUACCAUGUCCAUAUAUACUGCUACGUGUCGACAACAUUUUACAGUCAGCACCACACACUCCCGCUCUAUGAAAUAUCUAUCCAAUUCCAUCAAAUUAGUAAGUACUAUGUUUUAUUCCUAAAUUGUUUCUUUUCAAAGAUGAAUACUCAUCUCUCUAAUCAAAGGGAUCGCCGCAUCCUAUCAUUCCCAGCGGUUCACCCUUGCCAAAACAUAUCUCCACCAACACUAAUCACUUCUCUAAUCACUCUCUCACAAGCUAUAUCCAAUUUCAAACCCGAUUCUUUCCCCACACAACGACGCAACGCAAGAGAAACUAUUCGUCAAAUUAACAUCAUCUCAAUAUUCCUUCACGAAAUUCAACACCAUAGUAACUCCACCAUCCUCUGUUUCUCCGAACUUCACUUCACUUUACAAAAAAUUCACUUCUUAAUGCAGGAUUGUACUCACGAAUCCGCACGGAUUUUUAUGCUCGCCAAAUCUCAACACGUGGCAUCUCAAUUUCGUUCUCUUAUUCGCGCCACAGCUACUACGCUUGAUGUUUUACCUUUACAUGGAAUCGACGUUUGCGACGAAGUGAAAGAGUUAGUUGAGUUAGUUACGAAACAAGCGAGAAAAGCUAAAUUCGAAGUGGACCCCACCGACGAGAUUUCAAGCAAAAAACUUCAUUUCAUUCUUCAUCAAUUCGAGAGAGGAAUCGAACCUGAUAUCAGUUCCAUGAAAGAAAUUCUCGAUUACGUAAAAAUCAAAAACUGGAAUGAUUGCAACGCAGAGAUUAAAUUCUUAGAAGACGAAAUAAGCUUCUUAGAGAAUCACAAUUGUGACGAACGAGAAGUUCCAUUGUUGAGUAGCUUAAUUGGAUUUUUAAGCUACUGUAGGGGAGUGAUAUUCGAAUCUCUUGUUCUUGAUCGAAAUUCUGAUGAAUCCGAAGAAUCUCGACGCAGCACGGAGAUGAUAACGAUAACAACUUGUUUGAAUCCAGAGGAUUUUCGGUGUCCAAUUUCACUCGAAUUAAUGACAGAUCCAGUAACAGUUUCAACAGGACAAACCUACGAUCGCGUUUCAAUUCAGAAAUGGCUUAAAUCAGGAAAGAAAAAAUGCCCCAAAACAGGGGAGAAUCUCAAUAACACAGAGUUAGUUCCAAACACAACGCUCAAGAAACUUAUUCAACAAUUCUGCACCGACAACAAUGUUUCAUUCACCAAAUCGUGUAACCGUAUUCGUGACAUAACGAGAACAAUUUCACCAGGUAGUUCUUCAGCAGCACAUGCUAUGCAGUUUCUAUCGUGGUUUCUAACGAAGAAGCUCGUUUUCGGAACAGAAGAAGAGAAGAACAAAGCAGCUUACGAAAUUCGUUUGUUAACAAGAUCGAGUAUUUUUAACAGAUCGUGUUUGAUUGAAGUUGGAACUGUUCCUCCAUUGUUGGAACUUUUAGCUACGAAUAAUAGGAAUAAAACGACGCAAGAGAAUGCAGUUUCUGCUUUGUUGAAACUCUCAAAGCAUGCUAAUGGGCCUGAAAAUAUAAUGGCCCAUGAAGGUUUAAAGCCCAUUAUCGAAUUACUUAAAAAUGGGCUUAGCCUUGAAUCUCGUCAAAUCGCAGCCGCUAUAAUAUUCUAUCUUUCAUCUGUGAAAGAAUACAGAAAUAUAAUUGGGGAAAAUCAAGAUGCAAUUUUAGGGUUAGUGGAAUUGGUUAAAAAUGGAACAACAUGUGGGAAAAAGAAUGCAGUUGUUGCGAUUUUCGGACUUCUUUUACUUCCUCGGAAUCAUAAACGCGUGCUUGAAGCGGGUGCUGUUCACGCGCUUGUUUCGAUUUUAGAUUCUUCGUGUAAAGAAGAACUUGUAACUGAAGCUUUGGCGGUUCUUGCGGCGUUGGCUGAGAAUUUCGAUGGAGCGAACGCUGUGUUGGAAGCUUCUGGUUUAUCGUUGAUUACUGGGAUGUUGAGAUCUGCUACUUCGCGUACAGGGAAGGAACACUGUGCUUCAAUUUUGUUAUCACUGUGUGUUAAUAUUGGUGCUGAUGUUGUAGGUGUUCUUGCUAAGGACGUUACGGUUAUGCCUUUGCUUUAUUCGCUUCUUACUGAUGGUACUUCUCAUGCUGCUAAGAAAGCGCGUUUCCUUAUUAAAGUUUUACAGGAUUUUAACGAAACAAUAGCUUCUCGAUUGAAAGGUUCUUCAGUUCCACGUGAAAGAUCGCUUAACGUUUGUUGAUGUAUGGGUUUAUUAUAAUUUAGAAAUUAGAAUUUGUGUAAAUAUAUACUCAUACUUUUUGUGUGUGUAAAUAGUAGUAACAGAUACUGUUACAUAUAUUGGUCAUUGCCACAUUUGAAAAUUUGUGUAAUUAGCUCUAUGUGCUUUUUUAUCCGCAGUGAGCUAAUUUCAAUAAGUGAGUUUCAGCUUAUGGAGUUAUGUUUAUGCUGUAUCUAGUCUAGUUAUUAACUUAUUAUUUGGAUUAAAGUGGUGGGAAAUUAGUUAAA